CUGGCCAUCUCUAGAGAGUUCUUCAGCCUUUACCAUCUUAUAGAAUUUGAUAGUUGGAAGGAAAUUGCAAAGCAAUGGCAGCAGACGAAACAACCAACUUGCCUGACUCAAUAGACGAGGAUGACCUCGAUGAAGAACCUGGGGAGGUGAUCGAAUCGGCUCCACCUCUCAAGGUCGGUGAAGAGCGACAAAUUGAUUCCUCUGGCCUCAAGAAGUUGCUCCUCAAGCGUGGUGUCGGUUGGGAAACUCCGGAGUUCGGCGACGAAGUCACAGUUCAUUACGUGGGGACUUUAAUCGAUGGAACCAAGUUCGAUUCCACAAGGGACAAAGAUAAACCUCUCACCUUCAAGCUUGGGAAAGAACAAGUGGUUUUGGGAUUGCAACAAGGAAUUUACACCAUGAAGAAGGGAGAACUGGCAAAGUUUAUUGUGCCUCCACAAUUGGGAUAUGGAGACUUAGGUGCAAAUGGUGUUCCCCAAAAUUGCUAUAUUCAGUUUGAAGUGGAGCUUAUUUCAUGGAUCACAGUUGUAGAUAUAUGCAAGGAUGGUGGGAUUAUAAAGAGAAUAAUGCAGAAGGGAGAGAAUAGUUCCCCGCCUAGUGAUUUAGACGAGGUUCUUGUGAAUUACCAAGUGAUGUUGGAAGAUGAUCUUCUAGCUAUGAAAACACCCGAAGGAGGAGUUGAAUUCCAUCUGAAAGAUGGCCAUUUAUGUCCUGCUCUAUCAAAAGUAAUCAAGACAAUGAGAAGGGGAGAGAAAGUCAAUCUAGUUAUUCAGCCACAAUAUGCCUUUGGAGAGAGUGGUUAUGAUUCUAAAGACCGAUCUGUCACUGUCCCACCUAAUUGUGUUCUGAAGAUUGAUUUGGAGCUGAUAUCAUACAAGCCUGUCAUUGAUGUUACGGGUGAUUCCAAGGUACUAAAAAAGAUCUUGGAAGAGGGCCAUGGCAUUGAUACUGCAAAAGAGAAUGCAUUUGUUAGUGUUAGGUAUAUAGCUAUGCUUGAAAAUGGCACUGUAUUUGAGAAAAGAGGUUUUGAUGGAGAAGGACCAUUGGAAUUUAUCACUGAGGAAGAACAAGUAAUCGAUGGAUUGGACAGGGCUGUAGCUACAAUGAAGAAGGGAGAGAAGGCAUUAUUGACUAUAAAUCCUGAAUAUGGCUUUGGAAAUGUUCAAGUCAAGCGGGAUCUUGCUAUAAUUCCACCAAAUUCCACUGUUAUCUAUGAGAUCGAGAUGGUGGAUUUUUUUAAGGAGAAAGUGCCCAGCGAAUUGAGUUGUCAUGAAAGGAUUCAGACUGCUGAAAGGAAGAAAGAAGAAGGAAAUCUCUUAUUCAGAGAUGGGAAGUACCAAAGAGCUGUCAAGAAAUAUGAAAAGGCAGUUGAAUUCAUCAUUGAAGAUGGGUCCUUAAGCGGUGACGAUGGAAAUGCAAUGAAGACAAUAAGAGUUUCAUGUUGGUUGAAUGUUGCAGCUUGUAACCUCAAGCUUAAAGAUUUCCAUCAAGUAAUCAGUCUGUGCUCCAAGGUCCUAGAUGUGGAGUUCUAUAAUAUAAAGGCUUUGUACAGACGGGCACAAGCAUAUAUGGAAACGUAUGAUCUACAAUUAGCUGAAAUUGAUAUCAAGAAGGCUCUGGAGGCUGAUCCACAAAACAGGGAGGUUAAGAUGGUCCAGAAGCGCUUGAAAGAACUUAAAGCUGAAAGCAACAAAAGGGAUGCAAAACUCUUCGCAAACAUGUUUGCUCCAAAGACAAAGGAGGGAUAUUUUGUUCCAAGAAAGAAGUUGAAGAUUGGAGAGGUAGAGGAAUGACAGGAUAGAUGCAGAGUUCAUCAGGCAAGAUUUAUGCAGCUUCAGCUCUGCCUGAAAAUGAAAUGUAAUCUAGAUGUGCAAAGAAGCUUCAGCUCGAUCUGAAAAUGGAAUGGUUUAGAUUUGACAUAGAUGCUUUUGCAUAGAUAAAUACAUAAAUGGGAAAUUUGUAUAAGUGAUCUCAGAUGUGGCGAUUUUGGCUCAUGUUUGGAUGACUCGUUGCUUCUGACAAAAGAAGAAGAUUACUUAAACGUUUAUUUGAAAUCUCACUUAUACUAUUUCAAUAUAAUACUGUAGGGGUGGUGGAUA